UAAGAGUUCCUCAGACAUCCGUAGCAGCAGAGAGUGGUCGGAUGUUUCGUUGGUGGUCCCAGUUAAUUCUCUUCUUGUGUAAGCAUCGCAAGCAUCCCAGCUCCGCGUAUCCACCAUGAGAAUCUAUAGGAUAUUAUUCCGCCAAGCCCGAGCUCUCAUGGAAGAGAGACUCGACUAUUACUCACAAUUUAACCCAUCUCCGUUGUCCAUGCAGCAGUUCACUGAUUUUGGUGAAAAUGCUACCAACAGUGAUUCAUUCUUGUUCCUACGCAAGGAGUUGCCAGUGCGACUUGCAAACAUAAUGAAGGAAUUCCAUUUGUUGCCGGAGAAGCUCCUUCACAUGCCAUCUGUGUGUAUCGUGCGAGACCUUUAUCGUAUGAGUUUUAUGGACCUUCUUGAGUUUGAGAAUGGCAGUUGCUCCAACUCUUCUAUUCUUGACAGGUUCACCGACACAUUAUUAAAAAUUCGUAAUCGCCACACUGAUGUGGUAAUGACAAUGGCUCAGGGAGUGUUAGAGCUGAAGGAUGCUCACUCUAUUAAUGCCAACACAGAGGCCAACAUCCAGUAUUUCCUCGACAGAUUUUACAUGAAUCGCAUCUCCAUCAGGAUGCUUAUCAACCAGCACACCAUACUCUUUGGUGAAGGUGUCAAUGCUCAGAAUCAUAUAGGAUGUAUAGAUCCUCACUGUGAUGUUGUUCGUGUGAUAGAAGAUGCAUAUGCCAAUGCCCGCUUUCUUUGUGACCAGUAUUAUCUUGCAUCCCCAGAACUUGUACUAAGAUAUCAUAAUGAAAAGGACAAGGCGACAAAAACUAUAAAAGAAGCUGGAGCUCCAGCUGAAAAAACGCCUGCUACAGUUGUGUACGUUCCAUCUCAUCUUUAUCACAUGCUUUUCGAACUCUUCAAGAAUAGUUUACGAGCCGUUGUUGAGCAUUAUGGGACAAGUACUGAUGAGUUCCCUCCUCUAGAUGUGCUUCUAGUCAUGGGUCAUGAGGAUCUUACUAUUAAGUUAAGUGACCAGGGUGGUGGCAUUCCCCGAAGCCAGAUGGACUUGCUCUUCAACUACAUGUACUCCACUGCACCACAGCCAGCUGCUUCUGGGCUGGAUACACCUCCCUUGGCUGGUUAUGGCUAUGGUCUUCCACUCUCAAGAUUAUACGCUCGCUACUUCCAUGGGGACCUGAUGCUAACAUCCUGUGAAGGUUAUGGAACUGAUGCCAUAAUCUUCUUGAAGGCCCUCUCAAGUGAAGCCAAUGAACUUCUUCCAGUGUACAACAAGACUUGUCAGAGGCAAUAUUCAACACCUGUCCAGACACAUGAUUGGUCUUCACAGUCUCAUUCAGCAAUGUUCAUUCGGCCAUUUUGCACUAAUUCCCGAAAUAAACAUAAUCAGGGAAAGAGUAGUUCUUUGCAAAGAUAGAAAUUGCAAUACUAAAUGACACACCUUGUAUCAGAGGGAAGAAGGAAUCUGUUUUAUGAAGUUGUGCAAAGUUUAAGUCCUAUACUGUGUAUCACUUGUUAAAGUGAUAUACAUUAACAUGCAUUAACUUGGCACAAUGCAAGUGUUAACAUGUCAAACACUUGCACACUUUCUCCUUUGGUGUGUGUGUUUGUAAACAAUGCAAUAUACUUUACAAACAAUAGGUUUGAUGAUACAGAUCUACUAUUUCAUACCCAUCAUAUUUCAAAUAUAUUUAAAUACUAGCUUUAAUGAUAUGCAUAACUCUCCAUAGAAAUUUCACCUUACCUAAGGGAUUGUCUUCCAAGUUCAGAGAAAAAUAUGGUGCAGAAAAGAUUAUUACAUAUUUGAUACAUGCAGGGUAUUAGUGUUUUCAGUUAAAUGCAUAAAUUCUUGUCAUGCUUUAGGUGCAUCAGAAAAUUUGGUCUAAAUCAAAUAUGUAAAUUGUAUUGUGCUGCAUUAGUCUUAUUUCACUGCCCUAUUAAAAUGCAAGCAGAUGUUUGAUCGUUAAACGAAUUGGACGUAGUAGUAAUGCUUUAAGCGUUUAGUGCUGUGUGAUACCGUAACUGUGAAGUGCAGUCUACAAAGAAGUCUGCCCCAUGUUUUGAAUAUUGAACCGUUUGGUAGAUUUUUUUUUUUUUUUUUUAGUAUAUUGAAUAUACAAUUUAAAAUUUUAAUAUUCAGAAUUAUGUCAUUUGUGAUAACUGAAUGUGCAGACUUCUUGACAAGUUGCUAUUUUUUGCAUUGGUAAUUGUGCAUCGUGCAGAUUAUCACUACUAGCAAGUAGUAUGGAUUGUAAUGUAGUCUGUAUCAUUGCUCUGGAUAGUCAUAUAAUUAAGUAUUGUAAUUAUAGGUUCUGUUUCAUUGAUGGACACUUGAUUAUUUUUUUAUUUUUAUUGUGUGAGUAACUUAUUCUGCAGUAUUAUGUGCAGUACUGCCAUGAUAUGUUGCCUAACAUGUGAUACCUGUCCUUAAAUAGUCAGCUAUAAACAUUAUAUUUUGCUCUGUGAAAAAUGUUGCUAAAGUGUGCAUUCCAUUUAGUCAUUGCAUUUAUUGCAUGAGGUUAUCAUUUUAUAAUUAAAGUUUUGGAUAUUUCUGAUGUACUGUACUUACGGCCACUGCAUGAAUAUAAUAUUACUGUAAUUCAUUCCUCAAAUUAUCUGAUAAAACUUUUGCAUCACUGUAAAUGAUGUUGAGAAGUCAUUUAAAUUCUAUUACAGAUUCAGCUUUGAUUUAAAUAGUGACCUGGUGAAGUAAAUGCAUUCUCCAGAAAUGGCUUGCACAUUCUGCAUGUAAAAAAAUGGAAAUUGUGUUUAAAUUGGGAAAUGUGCAUGUUUUCUCAUUGUCUUCUCAAAUCCAGAUUUGUAGUCGUGGACGUUUUAUAUGUCACCUUAUAGCUUUCUGCUAUAGUGUGACGUGUGAAUAAUGUUUUUAUAAAAUACAAUAUAUGUAUGCUAUAUUUAGGAUCUAAAGUUAAAUGUAAUGCAGGUGUUAUUUAGCCUGGUUAUAAUUUUUGAACGUUCCUCGAGUAAUUUUGUGUAUAGAAGAAAUUUAUUUUUUAUUGAAGCUAUAGUUUGGAUCAUGUUUAUGUAUGUAAUUUGUAACCAUGUUAUGCACGUCUUUGCCAACCUAAGAACUGUGCUGCAAGCACCACUCUACUCAUGUUAACGCGUGAAUACAGGGUACAGAGUUGCAAAAUACUGCGUGUGUGUGUAUACAAAAUGCAGGGUGUCAAGGCAGGUUGUUUACUAUUUAUAUAUUUGCAAAUUUAUUGCAAUAACACUCCACUAAAGCCUUAAAAUGCGACAUGUUUAGAAUAUAAAAUAUUAAAUGAGCCAUGCUGUCUUUGUUUAUUUUUCCACCUUGCUCAAAAAACAACUAAAUGUACAGUACAGUUCUGCAGAGCUCUGAUAAUUUAAGAAUGUGCUGUGUAGUAUCAAUUUCUAUAGUUUUUAUUUGAAUCAUUGUAAUAUUAAAAACAAAAAUCUACCUCUGAAUUUUGAUUUAAGCAUUUCAAAAUUAAACUGAAAGUGAUGAUAUUUUAUAGAUUCAAUAUGACACAUGCAGUAUUGUAACAAAGUUUCAUAUGGUUUGUCUAAAUAUGAUAGUGUAUUAUUUUAAAUGUGUAGACAAAAAAAGGUGCAACACUUGUGAUGUAUUCAGCCAAAUUAGAUCACAUAAUUAUGAGGCAGCAGGCCUCAAUUAUGUUGUUUACAUUAAUAUAAAAGCAUAAUUACUUAAAGUGGAAAUGAGCACAUUAUAUAUAUAAAUUAGAGAAUGAGAAAGAUGUGAAAAUAUUUGUAAAUAUUUUGAUGCAUCAUUUAGAAGUCGUUUUAUUUAUUAUUAAACAGUCCUCUAACUGCCUCUUGAUGUCUGUUUUUAGACUUGACAGAAUUUAAAGUAAACUAAGGUUCUCCAAUGGAUUACCGAUCAUACGUGGUAAUAUAUACCAUAAUCAUUGAUAAAGAAAUUUCAAAGAUAUUAAAAAUCCAAACUGUUUGAUCCCUUUAACUAGUAACCAGAAAGCCAUGGUGCUUAAGACCCAACCCUUUCCAGAAUGUUAUAAAUGUGCAUGGUGAAGGAUGAAGAUUUUGCAUGAUGAAGAUAUGAAGAAACAGUUUCAUAUUUUGGUGCUGUAAUACUUGAACUGUGUUCAUCACUUUAUAUGUUCUUACUAAUCUGUAUUCUCAUAAGAAUAUUUGAUGAUGCUAAAUGGAAUCUAACACCUGUACUUUUUUUGUAUUUCAGUGCUCAAUUAUAUUUAAGAAUACCAUUUUCAUAUUGACUGCACAAUAUGUGGCCUAGUAUGAAAUAAAGAAAGCAAGCAAGCCUAUAAGAAAGAUCUUGGUCACAUCUAGAAUUGGGAAUGUAAUUUGCUAAUUGUAUUUUAUGUUAAGGUAAUUUUAUUUAAAAUACUGAAUUUUGCAUUUAACGCAAAGAUGCAAAAUCCAUUACAGUUGUUUCCUAUACGUAUUGUGAAGCUUGAAAAUAGUGUCUGCUAGGGGAUAAGAAACGAAAGAAAGUUGCAUAUUCUUAGUUUUACGGAACUCUGUUGAUAAAGUUAAUAUUUGGCAACUACUGACUGGAAACAAGACUAAAUUUUUUGUAUAUAUGGUCCAGGUAUAAGAGAAUCUCUUGUAUGGUGGAAAACAUUUAUUUAUAUUCCAAGUAUACAAAUUAACAUACAGGGGGAUCCCCGACUUACAAACCUCCAGUCUUACAAAUGGCCUGGAAAUACCCAUUUUAACCUUGUCAUAUACAAACCAGUUCUGUAAUUUACAAACACUUACAAUGCCAUAUUUUGGUUAUUGUGGAAAUGUACCUUAAUAAUGUCUGAUAAGAUAAAAAGCAUUGGUUGUUCACCAGUGCCGUUUUUCAUUACCACCUUUUAUUGCCUAUUUCUACAGUAAUUGUGGGAUACCUGAUUUGGAGCUAUGAUGCAUCCCGUUUGUAAGUUAGGGAUUGCCUACACUGUACUUGCUUAUUCGUAAGGGUAUUAAUUAAAUAUAAGAGUACAAAAUUAUGAUGUUUGAAAUGCACUUGGUGUAUAGAUUUUGUGUAAAAAUAGUAACAGUAAAAAACUUGGACUGCAUGAUAAUAGGAGAUAAGGCUGUUAGCAGACUGUAAUAUGCUGUCGGAUGACUGCUAUAUCCAUCGGUGUUAAAAAUCACUGCCUUGAUAUCCAGAUAAAAUAUUUACCUCUGGGUUAUUUAAAGCGCAAGUGUUAUCUCUUCAAAUUUAAACAGCUGAAUUUUAGUGAAAACAUAAUACAGGAUUAAAAUGUUUUAGUUGAAGAAAAAAGUAAAGCCCCUUUAUAUGUUGAACAAUAAUUUAUUUGUACAAAACUUACCGUGCAUGCUAUAUCAGUUCACCCAAGAUAAAUUGUUAACAGUACAGUAUAAUUACUGAAAAAGUAGGACCUGUACCUGUGUAUCGUACAGUAACAUUUGUUCACGUAAAUGUAUGUCUACUACAGUGUGGAAGGGCGAGCACAUGAAACCAUUUGUAUACACAAAAGUUGACCCAUAUUAAUGUAUGGAUAUACUGUACUGUAUAAGAUUGUAAUGUUGGACAUGUGUGUAAAUCCAUUGUAGACAUUUACCAGUGUAAAAGUACACUUUUUAUAAAUUGCCAAGAACCAUACUACAAUACUUUUAAAGCAGUAGUGUCUCCAUACAGUGGAUUUUGGAUCCAUUGAGAAAGUUGUUAAAAGCGGUCAUUUACAUCUUUAGCACUUAAAUAACCACACCAUUUUACCUUAAUCAUUGCAUAUGGUCAUCAGCUAUGCAAUAUGCUAUACUUAGCCAUUUUAUAAAAGAUGAAAUCGAAGCUUUUACAAUGCUCUUUCUUCAAUUGAGAUUUCAAAAUCUUUGCGUAUGAGCUAUCUGGGUGAAAUUUAACAUGUAAGUACUUUAAUUAAUAUUUCAUGUAUAUUUGUAGCUCAGAUUUUCUAUAUACAGUACUCCUGAAAGAGGUUAUUUUUUUGUAUUUUUGUAUUCCAAGAAUAUAAAUCGGGUUUGCUUUGGAUUUCUAAAAAAAAAAUUAUGGAAAGAGGCAUGUUAUUUUUAACUUUUGCAGAAAUUAUGUAAAUGUAUGUAAAACAUAUUAAAUACCACACAUAAAACUCCUGUUGCAAAUACAUACUCAAUGAUCCA